GCGGCAUUCGGCUGCUGUCGGUCGAGUGAGUGUGUCGUUAUAGUUCUCGCUGUCAGACCUUUGUACACAACCUACGCCAACAUUAACAACAUUGAACCUUGGCUAGAAAAAUCAUCAUCAUUGUAUAACAUGAUAGGUAAGGAUUUUUAUUAAUAACAUUAUUUAUAGUAUGGUGUUACAUUUUGUUCGCUAAUAGGUACCUGUACGUAUCAGCAGUUUUUUCACCUACAUUGUCAUUUGAAUUUAAUAUCUUAAUCGGAUACUUUUUACUGAAAUAUAACACUAAUUUUGUUUUGUUUUUUGUCAUAAUUAUCUAUUAAAAAUAAAGCAAUCCAUUGAACUGUAUUAAUCUAUUAUUUGCAACGUAAGAUCUAGCUAGAUAUAAUAGAACCUACUUAAUACUAAAUAUGAACAUUAAUUUAUUUUGAAGGUUUAUUAAAAACAAAAGAGGGCUAGUAAAGUACGCUUCACACGUUAGAUGGGUUGUAAAUGGCAACUAGACAACGAAUGUUCUCAUUUUUGCAGCAUGGUUACGAUGCAAAAUAAAAAUAUGAAUCUGUAUUUACCUAGUUACAUUUUCUUUAUUUUAAUAAUGACUUUAAAAAAACGUAAUAAAUACCUACAGAUACCUAUUACCUACUUAAUGUUAAUAGAAUAUGUAUUUUUUUAUUUACAUCUAAAGUAAAUAUUUGCAAAAACCUCUUUAAGUGACUGCUUUUUUUUUGUGUAAUAUAAAAAUUCUGAAUUUAAAAACAAGUAUAAAUACAAGUUUUAUUAUCUUGCGCCGGUAAAUGGGGCGGGGUGGGGUGAGCGAGAGAGGAAUAUCUACUUGAGUGAGUGCGAACUCCGGGGUCGGCGGGCCUCCACGUGCUGUCAGAGGACAUUCACUCGGCUUAUGCCCCGCUCCCCUCUUACCGCUCGCACCCCUGCGUGGCCGUAUUAUGUUGGUGCAUCCUGAUAUUCCUGAUCGCUGCAUGCCAUACACAACAAACACCGUACUGAGAACGGUCGUCGCGUUUAAAUCGGGGCGCUAACGAAUUGCGGUCGACAGUCAACUUACAAAUUAUAAUGGAGUCUUUGUUACCUAUUAAAGUAAAACAAUUUUCGACAGGCGAAGAGGAACGGGUCCAUCAAUGUGGCGAGUGUGGGCUGACGCUUUCCACCCGCAGUGCCCUGACAGCCCACGCGCGUUCUCAUCGUGCCACUGCCGAUGCUCAUCGUUGCGACGUAUGCCACAAGACUUUCGCUGUGCCAGCAAGACUAGUGCGUCAUUACCGGACCCAUACUGGUGAACGACCCUUUGAAUGUGAAUAUUGCCACAAGAUGUUCAGUGUGAAGGAGAACCUUCAGGUGCAUCGUCGAAUCCAUACUAAAGAGCGACCGUACAGGUGCGGUGUGUGCGACGCUGCUUUUGAACACUCAGGAAAAUUGCACCGGCACGCUCGCAUACAUACGGGAGAACGGCCGCACGCGUGCCCCCAUUGCCACAAGACUUUUAUACAGUCGGGACAACUGGUCAUCCAUCUGCGGACCCACACGGGAGAAAAGCCGUACCGGUGCCCGGCGCCCGGCUGCGGGAAAGGAUUCACCUGCUCGAAACAAUUAAAAGUGCAUUCGCGUACCCACACUGGUGAACGCCCUUACACUUGUGACAUAUGUCUUCGUGAUUUCGGUUACAACCAUGUGUUAAAAUUGCAUCGGUUUCAACAUUACGGAGAGCGUUGUUACCGUUGUACAGUGUGCGAUGGUACAUUCAACACUAAAAAACAAAUGGAGGCCCAUAUUUAUAAAGAACAUGGCGCAGAUACUCCGCGCACCCAACAGAUUCCAGCCACCGGUUCACUAGUUGUGAACGGUAACGUAGUGUGCGACUUAGUGGAAGCAGCUUUACAGCAACUACCUCCAACUCCACCCAGUUCUCCACCUUCUCCUCAGUGCCCCACAGCUCCUUCUGCUUCCAAUGUUACGACGGCAUCAAUCCCAUCACCGUCCGCAUCUCCACCUCCGGUUCCGCUUUCACCAGCAAUCACCACCUCAGUGCAAUAUACCUUCGCCCCAUCCUCACUGCCGCCACGAAAAAGAAAAUUAAUCCCUCAAACAGAGACUGAAAUACCCGCUGUGCGGCACACUUCAGUAAUACAGUUUGCUCCAGCUGCCGCAUCCGACUCAUAAUAGGCACUGUAGUGUAAUCAUAAUAUAAUAAUAUAAACAAAAAUGUUCGUAUUACAUCCCGAAUGUAGUAUUUCUUAGAGUAAUUUUCCCAGGCUUUUUCGAUUCACUUGCUGUAAGUUGUUAAUGAAUGAGAUUGUAGUGCUAGCGUUAGGUCUGUGUGAGUCGACUUGUGUAGGUAAUUGCAAUGGUAACUAUGUAUGUAGGUGUAGACUAGACAGCAGUUGUGUAUUCUGAACGCGAACAUCUGUAUUUAAUGAGAUGAGAAGUUGUAAUAUUUAAGAGUUGAGGAAAAGACUUAAAGCUACUUAAUAAGAUAGUGCAUUUGUGCCGUUAUUGUUAGUAAUAUAAGUUUUAUAUUUAAUCUAGUAGGUAUGUUUAUGAUAAGUAAUAAGUUACAAUAAAGUACAAUAUUGUAUUUAUACA